UACCACAUGGUGUUAUGACAGUUAUUUACAGAUCAUAAUACGAUCUGAUCAAUGUUUUAUUGAUAACUUAAAGAUUUGUUAGACCUUGAUUGUUAAAUAUUAUAACAUGAUCAUAUCAGGAUAAUAUACUGGACCCACAAAAAGAACAUUCAUUACCAGUUUAAAAGAUCAUCUCUGCGUCUCUUCUGUGCUCUUGGUUUGUGGCUGAAUGCUCCAGGCUUUACCUCGGCUUGGCAGAGCCGUGGGGAGGAUUCGUCGUAUCGGAGCUCACCUUACCAGCAUGGCUGAAAAUGGCAGCACUUUAUCUGCCGACAACGAAGGGGCAGUGACAGCCGCCAUCAUCGUCAUCGGUGAUGAGAUCCUCAAGGGACACACAGCGGACACGAACAGCACCUUCCUGUGCAGAGGCCUGCGCAAGCUUGGGGUCAGCGUGCAGCGCAUCACGGUGGUCCCUGACGUGCAGCAGGUCAUCGCGAAGGAAGUGGCUGAGCUCUCACCCACUGUCACGCACCUCAUCACGGCGGGUGGCGUUGGGCCCACGCACGACGAUGUGACCUUUGAGGCCGUAGCGCUGGCAUUUGGCGAGAGCCUGCAUGCUCACCCGGAGCUCUCGCGGCUCGUUAAGCAGUUCUUCGGUAACGUCGACUCAACCAGCGCCACCAUGAAACUCGCCACGGUGCCUGCUUCCGCCAGGCUCAACUACGGCCGUGAUCCACAGACAGGCGAGCCUCUCCACUACCCGCUGGUCAGCGUCCGGAACGUCUUUAUGUUUCCCGGUAUCCCCACGCUUCUGGAACGUACCUUUAAUGGCCUGGGGCACCUCUUUGCCAGCCCGGGCACUGCUUUCCACACACGGCAGGUGUUCGUAGAUGCAGACGAGACAGAAAUCGCGCCUACGCUGACACGCCUGCAGUCGGAAUGGGGCAAAAGCGUAGCACUGGGGUCGUACCCCGACUGGCUGAGCAACUACUACCGCGUGAGGCUGGUGCUGGACACGGGUAGUUCUGAGGAAGUGGAGAAGGCACAGGCCAGACUGGAAGAGGAGCUGCCUAAAGGAAGUGUAGUGCAAUUGGUGCCUGAUUCUGUAGCCAUCGCACCUCAGGAGGUCUACUCACUCGCCAGUAAAGCAGGGUCACCGUUAGGGGAGAAAGUGGCUGCAGCUCUGAAGACCAUAGAGACGGCACUGGAUCAGUUUUCCACCGACCAGAUCUGUGUCGGCUUCAACGGAGGAAAAGACUGCACGGUGCUGCUGCAUCUCUACUACGCUGCACUGAAACGCCGCCAUCUAGAUAAUAAAGACAAAGUGAAAGCUCUGUACAUCCGAAUUGUCUCACAAUUCCCUGAGAUGGAACGGUUCCUGCAGGACACGAUUCAGAGGUAUGAUCUGGACCUGAUCUCAGUGGAGGGCAGCAUUCGACAGGCUCUAAAUGAGGUGCAGGAGAGGAGACCCGAACUCAAAGCCGUUCUCAUGGGCACCAGACGCACUGAUCCGUACUCACGUACCCUCACUGCCCUCUGCCCCACAGACCCAGGCUGGCCUCACUACAUGAGAGUCAACCCCUUACUGGACUGGUCAUAUCAUGAUAUCUGGUCAUUCCUAAGGAGCCUCCAAGUGCCUUACUGCAUUCUUUAUGAUAAAGGCUAUACUUCACUGGGCAGCAUGGACAACACAUUUAAGAAUCCGUCCCUCAAAGUGGUGGACAGCAGGGGGGUCACACGUUAUAAAUCUGCCCACCAUCUGGAAAAAGAGGAAGAUGAGCGCAGUUCAAGGACAUGAUGUUCAGAAAUUGUGGUCCAACAUUUGACUAGUUUUAAAUAAUCAUUAAAACAUAUAUGAAUAAAUUUUAAAUACUUA